AUAAUAUUUAAAUGGCCGGAAGACCUCAUAUUUUUGUGCUGUAUAUCUACAUGGUUGCUAUGAUUCUUGGUGGAGCUGGAAACGGAGUUGCCACCAAAAUAGUGGAUAAGACUGAAUUUAAUGAUAAACCAUUCCAUCACCCAUACUUCCAAUCAUUUGCAAUGUUCGUGGCUGAGUCUCUCUGCAUAUUCGCUUAUUUGUAUGAACUCUGGGAUGCGAAAAAGAAGUAUGGAAACUAUGAAUUAUCUCCAGACGUAAUUGAGGCGAAAAGAAGAGGAAAGUCAACUAAAAUUAAUCCACUGAAGUUCAUUUUUCCAAUGCUCUGUGAUGCUGUUGGUUCAACUCUACAAUUAUUUGCUUACCUUUACAUCCAAGUCAGUGCUGCUCAAAUGAUUCAGGGAUGAAUCGUACUUGUGACUGCUUUCCAAUCUGUACUGUUCUUAAGAAAAAGACUCCACCGUCACCAUUGGACAGGUCUCUUCUUUGUUGUUCUUGGAAUAGCUCUUGUUGGUCUUGCUGUGAUGAUUUCUGGUAGUGAUUCAGACGAGGACAAACCUAUAGUCGGCAUCAUUUUAAUGUUCGGUUCAAUCCUGAUCCAAGGAAGUCAAUUUGUCAUAGAAGAAAAAUUCCUCGGAGAUUAUUAUAUUUCGCCUCUCAAAGUUGUUGGAUGGGAAGGAAUUUGGGGUGUUUUACUCUUCGCUAUACUCCUUCCAGCUUUCCAAUUCAUCCCAUGCGAUCUUGAUUUCUGUAGCAAUGGGGUGAUCGAAGAUACUCAUCUUGCCUUAAGACAUCUGAUAAAUGUUAAAACUGCGUUGAUUCUACAAAUAGUAGGAGUGCUCUGCAUGAUUGCUUAUAAUGGAUUUGGUAUCACUAUCACCAAGCAUAUGAGUGCUACAAGCAGGACUACUCUUAAGCAAACAAAGAUCGUCAUAGUAUGGAUUUUCUUCCUAGCCUAUCAGGGAGAUGGACACGAGUCUUUCAAGCCUUUGCAGCUAGUAGGAUUUCUGAUCCUUGUUGCCGGAAUAAUACUUUACAAUGAAAUCAUAGUUAUUCCAUUUUUGGGAUUCAACAAGAACACAAUGAAAGAGAAAGAAAAGACCAAGCAAAGAGUCGAAAGUCUCCUCUCCGGAAUGUCAAGGACAUUUGAUGAAGAAGAUGAGGCCAAAGUUAUUCAGUCAAGUCAUACAGGUUAAAUAUGUUUCAACCUCUCAAUAGUAA